AUGUCCCAAAAGACCAAGAAAGUAGGAAUAGUUGGAAAGUACGGUGUGAGAUACGGAGUGUCUCUUCGUAAGAGAGUGAAAGUCUCUGAAAUAACCCAGCACGCAAAAUACACAUGCGAGUUCUGUGGUAAGAAGAACGUAAAGAGAGAAGUAGUUGGUGUAUGGAAGUGCAAAUCUUGUAAUGUUGUAGUUGCAGGAGGUGCAUACAAUGUAGUAACUGUCCCAGGACAGUCUGCCAAGCAGCAAAACCAGAGAUUAAAAGAGCUUAUACAAAACUAAUAAGAAGCAGG